CUGGCUGUCAAGAUAAGUGCGCCUACCUACCUGUCACUUCCUGCUGUCGGUGGUGGAUUUUUUUAUUCAUUUUCGCUUCUUUUUUUUUUCCUCUCUUCUCUCUCUCUCUCUCUCUCCGACAUAGAGAUAAUUUGGCACGUCACACAGCCAUGUUUGUAUGAUUCCGUCUAAUGUAUCCCGCACGGUUUGCGGACCAAACGUUGCGACCUUGGCUUCAUGUGAGACUCAAAAGCUCAAAGGAGGAAUAAAGAAAACAACCCCCCCUGGACGCUGCUGGGAAAACACCGCUCGGGCUCUUAUUGUCGUGUUUAUUAAUAAAGAAAGAAGAAGCAGAAGAAGCAUCAGCAGCUGGAGGAGACACUGCCUGGUUGAAAGGCAUGGAUGAGAGGUUAUGUGCGCCCCCCAGCUAAAGGCCUCUGUCGCCCUGACCUGUGCAUCCCGCCAGUCCCUCUGUGAGCAUGUAUCGCAGGAACGGGCUUUCGGAUGGCACCAGCAUCAAUUCAGUCACCUCGGAGGCCAGCAGCAGCUCUGACUCUCUGGAUGGACCUUGCGUGGACUACGCCAAGAGCUACGAUGCAGUCGUCUUCGAUGUGCUGAAGGUGACGCCCGAGGAGUUUGCUAGCCAAAUCACCUUGAUGGAUGCACCAGUCUACAAAGCGAUACAUCCAGAGGAGUUGGCCAGCUGCGGAUGGAACGGCAAAGAGAAACACAGUUUGGCCCCCAAUGUGGUUGCAUUCACACGCAGGUUCAACCAGGUUAGCUUUUGGCUGGUGAGAGAAAUCUUAACUGCCCACACGCUGAAAAUUCGAGCAGAAAUACUGGGCCAUUUUGUCAAAAUAGCGAAGAAACUGUUGGAGUUGAACAACCUUCAUUCUCUGGUGUCCGUGGUGUCUGCUCUGCAGAGCGCUCCCAUCUUCAGACUCAGCAAAACCUGGGCGUUGAUCAGUCGGAAAGACAAGGCCACAUUUGAGAAGCUGAACUAUCUGACAUCCAAGGAAGAGAACUACACCCGCAUGAGGGAAUACAUCCGCACCCUGAAGAUGGUGCCCUGUAUUCCUUACCUUGGGAUCUACUUGUUGGACAUGAUCUACAUCGACUCAGCCUAUCCUGCGUCAGACAGCAUCAUAGAGACGGAGCAGCGGACCAAUCAGAUGAACAACCUUCUGAGGGUCAUCUCUGACCUGCAGGUGUCAUGUAACUAUGAUUACUUGGUGACCCUGCCACAUAUCCAGAAGUAUCUGCUGUCAGUUCGCUACAUAGAGGAACUCCAGAAGUUUGUAGAGGAUGACAACUAUAAGCUUUCUCUGAAGAUUGAACCUGGCAACAGCUCCCCUCGCAUCGCUUCUUCUAAAGAAGACCUGGCAGGUCUGUCUGAGGUAUCUGCCUCUCGGAGGUAUAACCGACGGCCCACCUGCCCCGACGCCUCCGUCGGGGUUCAUAUCCAAACCCCCCCUCCCUCUCACCACAGGAAGAGCCAUAGCUUGGGAAACAAACAUGCAGAGCAGCAAUACGAUACAAGGCAAACCAAGCUCAGCAUGAUGUGUCAGUAUGGCAUGUCGGAGAGCAGGAGCGCCACGUUUCCCAUAGAGAAAGCACGACACCUGCUGGACGACAGCUUCUUAGAGUCUCAGAGUCCAGUCAGAAAUGAUCCACACAGUACAUCUGUGUCCAAUGGCCUGUCAUUAGGCAGCAGUGAAAGCUCUUUUGGGGAGGAGCUGUCACCUGGAAUGGAGAGGGGCCGCAUGUACGCAACGCUGGGCCCCAACUGGAGGGUCCCGCUUCGCAACUCCCCCCGGAGCCGCAGCUAUGUUUACAGCUCCUCUGCUGCCAACUCCUGCUACGGAUGCUGUGAGGCCGGCAGUGUGACUAUUGAAGGACCCCUGCGAAGGAAAACACUGCUGAAGGAGGGACGGAAGCCAAAGUUGUCAUCGUGGACCAGAUUUUGGAUCACUCUGUCUGGAUCAGCACUGACAUUCUAUGGGGCGAAAGCACUGAGGGCCUCUGAGAGGAAACAUUAUAAAUCCAACUUCUGUAAGAAGGUGUGCGUGACUGGAUGGAUGGUGGUGUUGCCAGAUGACCCAGCCAGACCCAACAUCUUCCAGCUCAACGACCCAGACAAAGGCAAUGUUUACAAGUUCCAGACAGGAUCCAGGUUUUCAGCGAUCAUCUGGCACAAAAACCUGGAAGAGGCUUGUAGGAGCAGUAGACCUCAGAUACCAGCAAACCUCAUGUCAUUUGAAUGAGAGCAAACCUCACCCAGCGGGACAUUAUCGUGCCAAACCCAUUUUGUUUGGGAAGUAUAGACUAAAUAAUGGAAUUUGGUGGUAUCUACUGAAACGGGAGAGUUGAGAAGCGUCUGACACUGUAGAAGAAGCUCUUUGAAACUGGAUGCGUGACUGCAUAACGCCAACACACCGGCUUUCUUCUUCACCAGGACUUAAUGUGGAAUAAUCCAGUGAAUGGAAGACUUUGGUUCUUUGGUUUUGACUCUCAGCCUCCUUGUUCACUGUCAUUUGUUAUGCUGCUAAAAAACAAUGUGAGCAAGCACAUCGUUUUGUUUUUUUUGGCCCAUGUUGGGUUUUCUGUUUGGGUGAAACGAUCAGUGGACAACAGUGUUAGCUGACUGAUGUUGAUCUUCGGUUUGCAGACCAGUGUUUUACGGCCUUCAAAUGGAGCUCAGGUUUUUAACACGGAAAGUUGGAAAAAAAAAAAAGACACCCCAAGUGGUUAAAAAAAAGUGAAACUGCUAUUGCAGUGUUUUUCUGCAUUUCAACAUCAUACCGGAGUGAGAGUAGGCAACAACGUCAACGCACAUCCCAACUUGUGAACUUGGAUCUAUCGGAGUCGUGAGCAUGAAAAACGUGACCCUGUUUGAAGGUCUUUUUUUU